AUGAAGACUACAUCAGGCCUUUUCUUAGCCACCUUGGCAGCUUCCGUUUCUGCGGUCCCAUUCAAUCACGCAUAUGGCAAGUCUAACGGGGAACAUGUAAGACCAACAUGGUCUCCUCCAAGCGCUUCAUCAGCUGCCGCUUCUGAAGAUACAGCUUCGUCCUCAAGUACCUCUACCGUUGCAGCUACUUCUGUGGCCUCAAGCAUCGUUGCUUCUAGCGCUGUCGUACUUGCCGCAUCAGCUGCAUCUCCAACAGUGUAUAUGUGUGGUGAUUCUACAAUGGCUCUCGGUGGGGGUGGAACUGGAACUCAAGGUUGGGGUGUAUACCUCCCAUAUUCCCUGACCAUCCCCGUCGUCAAUGACGCCAAAGCCGGCCGCUCAGCCCGUUCCUACACCGAUGAAAAUCGCUUUGGCGCCGUCAUUGAUACCAUAAAAUCCGGCGACAUCGUCAUCAUUGAGUUCGGACACAAUGAUGGAGGAUCCCUUACCCCCACCGAUAACGGCCGCUCUGAUUGCGUCGGAGCUGGCAACGAAACCUGCACCACAGAUGCCGGUGUGAUCGUUCAAACAUACCCCACCUAUCUCACCAAUGCCACCGAGCUCAUGACUGCGAAAGGCGCCCAUGUCAUCAUCUCCUCUCCCACUCCAGAUAACACAUGCGAGACAGGUAAAUGCUCAUACACAUCCCCUCGUUUCACCGGGUAUGGCAAGAUUAUUGUGGAAAACGUUGGAAGCAUGGCUAGCUUCAUUGACCACGGUACAUAUCUCGCCAAUCAGUACGCCGUUCUUGGCGCUACAACUGUUGACACCUAUUAUCCAAAUGACCACACUCAUACUUCUCCUAUUGCCGCCGACUUGGUUGCAGGUGUGUUUGUUAAAGGUGUUCUGUGUGCCGGUUCCUCUAACCCUCUAUACUCUUACAUUAAGAAUAGCACUGAUAGUGUUGUCGGCACCUGUAUUUAA